UCCGAGUUAUUCGGACGCAUCGGGAUGCACAGCUGCAUAGCCCCCGCUCGCGACAACCCUUAAAACCACUCGUAUAAACCCCCAAAGACACUGCACAAACUUUCUCAAAAGUUUCACAAACUUUUGAAGUUUCAAGUUUCGAGUUGAAAAAGUUUGCUCUUGAAUGAAAAUUCGUCUCUUAAAAAGUUUCGGUGACCGCGCGUGCCAAAUGAACAGACAAUAGUAUAGCAACAUGCACCUUCUGUUUGGUUUCGGCUGAAUACACUUAAAAAAAGAAAAAAAAAGACUAUCAAAAUGAUGUCUCAACACUUGACGAACAUGUUCGAGCAGAUUGGUAACUUUACGAAGAACAAUCUGUCUCACAACAAGCUGAGGGAGAAAGAGAAGGAGAAUAAAUCAGUGAACCAUGUGGGGAACCUGCAGGCUUCUCCGUCACACAAGAAUCACCCUCCUCCGCCGCUGAAGAAGCCGUGCAAGUUGAGGAACGUGUCUUCCAAAGCGGAGUCAUAUGAUACGCUAUAUGGAAACAGUAUAUUGCCGACGCCAUGCAGCGAGAAAGCGUGCCUUGGCAGUGUGAUGGCUAUCCCGGGACGCGGAGACGUGCCAAGAGACCCUGAGGAGGUCCUGAAGGAUGCCAAGGACUUUCUUGGCCAGUACUUCGCGUCAAUACGGAGGGCCAACACUCCUGCGCAUGAAGCUCGCUGGCUGGCAGUCCAGGAGGAGGUGGAGAGGACCGGUACCUACCAGCUGACCACCACGGAGCUAGUCUUCGGAGCCAAGUUGGCUUGGAGGAACGCCAGCCGCUGCAUAGGCAGGAUACAGUGGUCCAAACUGCAGGUGUUCGACUGCCGGCAAGUGACCACAACAAGCGGCAUGUUCGAAGCGCUCUGCAAUCACAUGAAAUACAGCACUAACAAAGGAAAUAUCAGGUCAGCAAUAACAGUGUUCCCACAACGCACAGACGGCCAGCACGACUACAGGAUAUGGAACAGUCAGCUCAUCAGCUACGCUGGGUACCGACAGCCAGACGGUACGGUCCUAGGGGAUCCUAUGCACUGCGAAUUCACUGAGCUCUGUAUAAAACUGGGGUGGAAGCCUCCUCGUACGGCGUGGGACAUCCUGCCCCUGGUGCUGUCGGCCAACGGGAAGGACCCUGACUAUUUCGAGAUUCCGAGGGAACUCGUCAUGGAAAUCCAUAUGACCCAUCCCACGUACGAAUGGUUCUCCGAGCUGGAUCUUCGCUGGUACGCCUUGCCUGCCGUCUCCAACAUGCGCUUUGAUUGUGGUGGCAUUGAGUUUACUGCCAAUGCCUUCAACGGCUGGUACAUGAGCACCGAAAUUGGUUGCCGCAAUUUCUGUGACACCAACAGAUUGAAUAUGCUUGAGAAAGUGGCCCAAAAAAUGGGUUUGGACACCCGGACUCCAGUGAACCUGUGGAGGGACAAGGCCUUGGUGGAAGUCAACGUAGCUGUGCUCCAUAGUUUCCAGCAGCAGAACGCUACUAUUGUGGACCACCACACCGCAUCUGAGAGCUUCAUCAAGCAUUUGGACAAUGAAAACAGGCUGAGAUCUGGUUGCCCCGCUGAUUGGAUUUGGAUCGUUCCACCAAUGUCUUCAUCUAUCACUCCAGUUUUUCAUCAAGAAAUGGCUUUGUACUACUUGAGGCCCUCUUAUGAAUACCAAGAACCAGCUUGGAAGACACACCAAUGGCAGAAAUCAAAGCCGAUCACAGGAAAGAAGCCGAUCAAUAGGAAGUUCCACUUCAAGCAAAUAGCUCGCGCUGUGAAAUUCACUUCCAAACUAUUUGGGCGAGCUUUGUCCAAGAGGAUCAAGGCGACAGUUCUGUAUGCGACUGAGACCGGCAAAUCUGAGCAGUUUGCUAAGGAGUUAGGAGUUAUAUUUGGUCACGCUUUUAAUGCGCAGGUACACUGUAUGGUGGACUAUGACAUUACCUCCAUUGAGCACGAAGCUCUGUUGUUGGUUGUGACCUCCACUUUUGGUAAUGGCGACCCUCCAGAAAAUGGUGUGGCAUUUGCGGAACAUUUAUGUGAAAUAUUAUACACGGAACAAGUCGGCGACGAAGUUAGUGUGAACUCACAGACAUUGACGCCAAAAUCAUUUAUAAAAGCAAACAGCCAAAUAGAAUUUCAAAGAUACGCGUCCGGAAACCAGAAGAAAUUAAGCCGGUUGGAAUCACUCAAAGGAAGUGCAACAGACGCCACCUCCAUCGACAGUUUUGGUCCACUCAGCAACGUUCGCUUCGCCGUCUUCGCCCUAGGAUCAAGCGCCUACCCAAACUUCUGCAACUUUGGCAAAUACGUUGACAAGUUGCUCGGCGAUCUCGGUGGCGAACGAAUACAUGACAUUGCAACCGGCGAUGAGAUGUGCGGACAAGACCAGGCCUUCAGGAAGUGGGCUUCUAGCGUCUUCAACGUUGCCUGCGAGACUUUCUGUUUAGACGACGACGAAACUUUACAAGAAGCAAAGCGGGCUCUUGGCACAGUCGCGCUUAGUGAAGAAACCGUGAGGUUUUCCGAAGCACUGGGUAAACCCCCGACUUUGCCCCAGGCUUUGCAGUCGGCACUUAACAAAAAACUCGUGACUUGCAUAGUGAGAGCCAAUAAAGACUUGGGAGAUGACUCAGCUGAACGAUCAACAAUCUUCAUUGAUAUGGAUCCGAAGGAGGAAAUCAAAUAUGACCCUGGAGACCACGUAGGUAUAAUAGCUUGCAACCGUAAAGAGUUAGUUGAUGGCAUCCUGGCUCGUGUCAAAGAUGUUGAUGACUUUGAUCAGCCUUUACAACUACAGCUGAUGAAGGAAACUCAUACUUCUAGUGGACCUGUUAAAUCUUGGGAACCUCACGAGAGGCUUCCAAUAGUAGGUGUGCGAGAUCUGUUCACUCGAUUCCUAGAUAUCACUACACCACCAACUACUAUCUUGCUCCAAUAUUUGGCUAAGACGUGCGAUGACGAAGAGGAACGGAAGCAACUGAAUCUUCUUUCAACGGACCCAGGAGCUUAUGAAGAUUGGCGCCACUAUCACUUCCCCACCCUGACAGAGGUAUUAGAUCAGUUCCCGUCAGCUAAACCAAGUGCAUCUCUACUAGCUGCAUUACUAUCACCGCUGCAGCCAAGAUUCUACUCAAUUUCCUCAUCUCCAAUAGCUCAUCCGAAGAGGCUGCAUCUAACAGUUGCCGUGGUCACAUAUAGAACACAAGAUGGCGAAGGUCCUGUCCACUAUGGUGUUUGCUCAAAUUAUCUCAUGGAUCGUAAGCCGGGUGAUGAAGUUUACUUGUUCAUACGGAGUGCUCCCAACUUCCAUUUGCCACAAGAUAUUUCAGUUCCUCUAAUAUUAAUAGGCCCAGGAACAGGCAUCGCUCCUUUCAGAGGUUUCUGGCAUCAUCGUAGAACAUUAUUGAACUCCCGCACACGCCCAAACGCGGGACCCGUCUGGUUGUUUUUUGGAUGUCGAACAAGGACCAUGGACUUAUAUCGGGAGGAGAAAGAACAGGCACUCAAAGAAGGUGUUCUGUCAAAAGUAUUUCUUGCUUUGUCAAGAGAGAAAAAUAUACCAAAAAUGUAUGUUCAAGAGCUUGCUGAGAAAGAAGGUUCUGAAAUACACGAUUUGCUAAUAAAUAGAGGUGCACAUUUCUACGUUUGUGGUGAUUGUAAAAUGGCUGAAGAUGUGCACCAGAAGCUAAAAGGCAUUGUGAAGAAACAUGGGAACAUGUCAGAUGAACAAGUGCAAAACUUUAUGUUUAUGUUAAAGGAGGAAAAUCGUUACCAUGAGGAUAUCUUCGGCAUCACACUCCGCACCGCAGAGGUCCACAGCGCGUCCCGCGAGUCAGCCCGUAGGAACCGCGUCGCGUCCCAACCAUGACGCAGGUCCUCCCGCUUCCGUCCCAACUCGCUCACAUAGUCAACGACUACAGUUUUAUCUCCAGCCAAUCAGGAAUCGCACGGAUUGAGCAAUGAACAUACUGGCUUUUAUGUUUAGUGAUGGAAUUGCAACAAAAUAUUUUCAACAAAAUUUGAUUUUCUUACUAGAGUUAGCAACUCUAGUCCAAUUUAUGAUUGUUUCAUAAAAUUUAUAUAUGAAAGAAUUAUAAAUAUUGAAAUAAAUAACAUUGACUUUAAUGAAAAAUAAAAUGGUUAAAAAUUAUGCGAUUGAAGUUUCAAAUGACACGGAAAUAUUGUAAAUUAAAUUCAAUUUGGAUGGUGUACGACGAAAAGAAAAAAUAUGACGAAGUGUUUGAAGUGAGCGACUGUUUAAAGUUUAUCUCUAUCAUACAUUAAGUAAUUUGUGUCCUAAAUAUUGAAAACUAUACAAGGAAUUCAUCAGAUUUUUUCUUAAUUCAAUUUUUUAGAAAACGACAUAAAUUUAAUUUUUUUUACUAAUUAGUUCUAAGUGAAUUUGGCAAUGUCUCAGUUUGUCAUUGACCAACUCGGUCGGAAAGAGGUUGUGCAUAAUACCUAGGUGGUCUACAUUAUGUAUGUAUGUAUAUAUAGCAAAAAAAUAUUAACUUCAUUUGAUGUGAUGAAGUGUGCUUAGUACGCAUAUUUUGAGGAUAUAUAAUAAAAAUUGUACCACUAUAAGUUUGAGACAUUAUUUGUGUAAUUAUGGCAGCUAACUCUAUUAAAGAUAUACUAUUCCACAACUACAUCGUGAAUGACACCAAGCAGGGUUUCAAUAUAAACGCACAAUAUGCAUUUUGUCGUUCGAUACAUUCCAGACAACUUUUCAAAAUUCAUCAGAAAUUGCGGAUAUUUACCAGUAUUAAUAGGAUUAAGGCUAAAAAAUUAUUACAUUUCCAUAAUAAUAAGCUAACUCAUAUGUAUUUCCAACUAUAUUAUAAUAAAUCAUAAAGUCCAGUUUAAGUAUAUUUAUUGUUGUUUAAAUUAAAUUAUUUACUAAAAAUUGAGUUUAUUUUAAUAAAUAUAUUUUAUUAUCUCGAUAUACAACAACGACUAUAAUUUUAUGUGAGAAUUUAUUGCCAAAUCUUGUACAGAAUUAGUUAUCACAAAUGCACGGAUUAUCAUAGGAAUAAGACGAUUUUCAUGAUAAUAAAUGUAUUUUUUUUCCAAUAUUUUUAAAUUAUUGAUUAAGUAUUGAUAUUUUUGCCAUAGAAGAUGUAAUCUUAAUACUAUGUAUUUAUAUUUAUUUCUUAGCGCAUAAUGUUUUUAAUUUAUCAUGCCAUAUUUUUUUAUACAAAAUAUUCCUAGUCUCUUCAUAUGAUAAUCUUGAGUAAAACUAAUAUUUUGUGCUAUUGUAAAUAUAAUUAUAAUAAGUUAGUAAUAUUGUUUCGAUAUUAUUUAAAUAUUUCUCGAUGCUCAUAUUUAUUUAAUACUUCCCAAAAAAGGAAAUUACAUUACCUUACCACAGAAAAAAAAACAAACAGGAGAGAGCAUCUUGGAUUUUAAAUAAAUUAGCUAUAUAUUUAUUUAAGAUUUUUUGUCGUAUUAAGUAUAUUUAAAAUAUUGUAAAAUACGCUAUCAAGUUAUAUGAAAAUAAAGCUAUGUAAUAAUUAACGUAAAUAUAAAUAAAUUUAAUUUCUUCAUAUUCUGUCCUUCGCAACUGUUAGUGUGUUUUGUGAUUCUGCAAUUAGUAUAUAAGAAAUGUAUUCAUAUUUUCUAUUAUUCAUGUUACAAGAAUUUAUAAUAUACAAAAACUUUUUCUGAUAAAUAAUAUUAAUAUAUGAUACACUUAUCUGUCUUUACCAGUAUUUACAAAUUGUGAAUGUCAUAUCUUCUAAAUUUAAUGCACAUUUUGAGACUUAAUAUUAAUAUCGGAAUUCAUAUCACGCGAAUUAUAUUACCAGCACUGUUUCAUGUAAUAAAACCGUUUGGCAUUAUCUAAAGUUUCUAAACGAACACAAUAUAACAAUUGGAUAAAUAAUUUCUUGAUAAAAUAAAGUUCCUUCGUA